AUGUCUUACAGCGGGAUGACAGAUCUCACCGUUGCGGUCAACUUGGAACGGCCGUUCUCGCACAAACCCAAAAACAAGUACUAUAAGCCCCAACUGCUCAGGAUGGCCUCGCUCUUGCGGGACCUUCGGAAGCAAUUGGACGGUAAAGCUAUCACUGACGACGACCUACGCUCUCUCACGUCUGACAACGCCAACUAUCAUAAACAUGCAACCGCUUUACUGAAAUGGGAAAGCGACGUCGCCUCGCGCAAGCAGGAGCAUGGAGACGCAUUGACGGCGAGUCGCGAAGCAAGAAUUCUCGAAAACCUCAAGGACCUAGGAUAUGUGGAGGACGACUUUCCUAGCGCCGACUCGAAGGAAUGGUCGAAGAUUGUGUAUCAGCCGAAGGUGCUCACCGACCGCAUCUGGAUCAACAUCAAGCCUAAGCUAGAGGCACUGAUCCAAGAAGAGAAGGAAAGCCGAAUUCUAGCAGACUUCGAAGAGAGGGUAGAGGAACGUUUGGACCAAAUCUCUGGGUACUACGAGGACUUCGUCGCGGGGCUUCCCGAAGCCGACCGCAUGCUCCUUCCUAACCUCAUCGACGUGCACGGCCUUCCCAGCAUCGACGCGUUAGCUCGGGAGAAUGAAGCCCAAGGCGACGUCGCUCAGGAAGAUUUCCAAGCGUUGACCGCGCAAGUCCUGCAGGAGGCCGAGGCGUACGCAGCUGAAGCAAAGGCGAUCGCGGUCAAGGCGCUGAUCCAGUCCUUCUCGGUCAGGGGCGCAUCUUCGUACCUAGAAGACCUACGGAAAAUCACUCCGGACGAGGCUAUGACGCGGCACUACGCACUCUUCAGAUGCGGCGUGCGGCAUCACUCGGCGGGGGGCACGAUGUCGCCCAUACCCGACUAUCUCACAUUCGAAGCCUUACACGACCACUGGCGCGUGCAGCAUCCUAUGUUAGAAUGGGGCGCUCAAGACUAUUCAGUAGCCCCACCGGGCCCAGUGUCAUGGGGAUACAUACAAAGUGCGGGGGAAUUUCCCAUUGGCACGGGCAUGGACGGGAAGGUGGUACUCGAGGCGGCGGGCCUGCCUCAUGAUACACCCAUGGAGGUCCUCACCGAGCUAGUCCGAUCUGGGAGGCUAUACUGCUCCUGUGGGGAUCCCACCCUCCCUCCCCCGGAACAGCUGGAUUGGCCCACAUUUAUCGCUCACGUCGUGGAAGACCUUGCUCAGUUCCGAGAGCGGAAAGCCGCAGGUAACAAAUCUGCAGCACCGAACCCCAAGCUCAUCCUGAAAUCGCACCACCCGCUCUCCGGGCCCGCCGCGUGCAUCACGCUGCUCCCAGAAGGCGCCGACACGGCUCCCGCCCACGUCCGCGCGUCCACCGUCGACCCGAAGACACGCAAGAAGAUCGAGGAACGGCUCGCAUUACGCUCGGCCUCGGAGUGGAUCCCCAUCUGCCGGGUGUGCAAGGCGCUGACGGCGCGCCGCCAUGUGCGGCACGGGUACCGCACCGGGGACGGGCUGGAGCUCCCGGAAACUCCGGAGGGGAUCGUGCAUCAUCUGCGUGGCUGGUGA